AACAAGGAAGUACCCUCAGUCACACACGCUACAGCGAUGCUUUUCUCGUGAUGGUGGUGAAGUUAUACAUUUGGAACAUCAAAUCCUCCUGGGGACACGUCUCCAUGGCCCUGGAGGACGGGUUUUACAUAAGUUGGAGACCGACAUAUCAGGUGGAGAAAAGUCCUGUCAAUGCGACCGAGUGGGUGCUAGCACGUGAGCAGCAGACUUUACAGGACGAUAUUCGUGCAGAGUACGGAAGACUCCCUGUCCACGCCAUCAAAAUUAUCCACCAAAUUUUAGAUGAAGAUAAGAUAAAGAGAUGGUGGUUAAAGUUCAAGGCCAACAACAGAUACAACCUACUCACGUGCAAUAGUUCCACCGUGGUUUAUUUCGCCAUGAGAGAAGGCGGGGCCUUAGAUCACGUGAUUGAUCGCCAGCCACGAUGGUGGACGCCAGAAGAUAUCAAAGCUUUCGGUGAGGCAGUUUGCUUCGGGUAUAAAACGAAAGGAAAGGCGGGAGUUUCGUUUUCGCCGAGUGAUCAACAAUUUGUGUCCCAUCUUGGAAAAGUGACAUCAGCUGGAAUGGUGAACUCUUUUCUGUCUACGUAAUAAUAUGUCCCUAAAUAAAUGUGUUUCCUGGAA